CACCGUGUGCAGUAAGUGGACACCCUCUCCAGUGCCCUGCCCAUCAAUUAUGCAUGGACUGCACUGAGAGGGAGAGGCAGUCUGGCGAACAAUGAGGUCUGAUGCGCUUUGAGUUGCAGCAGUUUCCUCUGUGAUAUGACUAAGAGCUUCUGGUGUGUUGGCCCUUGUGACUACAUUAUAAAGCAUGCGUCUGGGUGGCAGAGCAGAUCCCCGUGGAGCAGAAGAAAGCGUAACGUUCAUCAUGAGAGUGUUGCUAAGCAUGGUCCCUGUGCUGCUGAUCGCAUGGUGCACCGUUGGAACUGAUGCUCUGCCUGUACAGGGCAAGCUACCGCACAGCAAUGAUGUUUUGACAAAAGAGCAGAAGGACUUGCUGUUGAAGAUUCUGUCAGAGCUGGCUGAAUUGAACAUGACUGCUAAAGACCUAGGCGCACUGGACCUCGAGCAGCUGUUGAGUGGUAAACUGGGAGAGCGGGUGGUGCUGGGCCUGCCACCGGUCCGGGAGAAGUCUCCGUGCAAAAACUUCUUCUGGAAGACCUUCUCUUCAUGCUAACACAUACAGAGUGAACAAUGUCUCCUUGAAUCUGGUCUUCUAUACCUUACAUAACUAACAAUAGCUGAAUCCCCAAACCUUGAGUAUUAAUAAACAUUCGAAUGCCUGACUUUCUGAGGUGAUUUGAGUAUACACUUCUAAAACUUGUAUAUUCCACUGUUUGCUUAGUGGUGACAUUUUGCAUGAUUUUCAAAACAAUUUGACCCCCCUGGAAAUUAAGUGUUAGAUACUAUAAAAAGUUUGCAAAUGGCUUAUUACAAUGCUUAUGACUUUGGCACACUUCCACAAUACUAACUGAACUUUCAGCUUUCUUUUUUAGCAACAUUAGUAUUGGUAAGGUUACUGAAGACAAACAAAACCUGCCUGAACUUCUAGAUUAAAACCUUUCCAAGCAGUCCUUUGCUGAAGUUUGUGAUGCCUUAAAUUAAGCAUGUUAUCUUAAUUUAAAAUAACCUAAGAGAAUCAGAGAACACUGCUUUGAAAAUGUGCUGAUCGUCAUGCAGGUUAACGUCAAAAACAAAAGCAUGCCUCAUAAUGUAAAGCCAUUGUGAAUACUCAGACCAAAUCCGUUAUAUCAGCACACGUUAUCCUAGUAUCUUCAGUUGCCUUCAUGUCUCCAGUUUCUCACCUGCCUAACCUGAUGCACAACCAAACAUAAACCUACAACCCAACAGCUGAUAGCAAAAUUAACUGUUUAUUUUACACUUUAAGUGACUAAAAUUGAAUUUAUGGAUAGGAUUUAAAACACAGUGAUAUGAUUCCUAUGGGCCUGUUUAUUGGGUAUUACCAGAGAUGAAAGUCAUUUACUACUUUGCCCCAGUAGAGCCCAAACAUUUCACAAAACCCUUAUGUUCUAUACAUUUCACCUAUGACAGAAAUGAAUAAGCUACUGUUUAUAAAAAAGGCCUUUCAUUUUCGGUGAAAACUGACCACUUAAUUACAAUCGCUAGGCCUGCAAUUUGACAACUUACAAAACAAACAAACAAACAAAAAGCCCCAAAACAAAAAAAA